CCCAAGAAGAAGAAGAAGAAGAAUGACGCGGCGGAAGUGGAGCGCGUUGCUAUGGGCGGCGGCCGCUGUUGUUGUUGUUGUGAUGCUGUCGGAUCUUGUGAAUAAAUGAAGCAGCGUUCAGGAUGAAGCUGUGACUGAGCGUGUGUGUGUGUGUGUGUGUGUGUGAUGGCUGGGAAGGUGAAGUGGGUGACGGACAUCGAGAAAUCAGUGCUGAUCAAUAACUUUGAGAAGAGAGGAUGGAUCCAGGUGACAGACAGCGACGACUGGAACUUCUACUGGAUGAGCAUCCAGACCAUCCGUAACGUGUUCAGCGUGGACACCGGCUACCGUCUGUCCGACGACCAGAUGGUCAAUCACUUCCCCAACCACUACGAGCUGACCAGGAAGGACCUGAUGAUCAAGAACAUCAAGCGCUACAGGAAGGAGCUGGAGAAGGAGGCCAGUCCUCUAGCGGAGAAGGACGAGAACGGGAAACACCUCUACCUGGAUUUCGUGCCGGUGACGUUCAUGCUGCCGGCCGACUAUAACCUGUUCGUGGAGGAGUUUCGCAAGAGUCCGUCCAGCACGUGGAUCAUGAAGCCGUGUGGGAAGGCGCAGGGCAAAGGCAUCUUCCUCAUCAACAAGCUCUCUCAGAUCAAGAAGUGGUCUCGCGACAGCCGCACCUCCACGUUUGUGGCGGCCAACAGCGGGAAGGAGGCCUACGUCAUCUCCCUGUACAUCGAUAACCCGCUGCUGAUCGGAGGGAAGAAGUUUGACCUGCGGCUCUAUGUGCUGGUCACCAGCUACAGGCCGCUGAAGUGCUACAUGUACAAACUGGGAUUUUGCCGUUUCUGCACGGUCAAAUACACGCCGAGCACCAGUGAGCUGGACAACAUGUUCGUGCACCUCACCAACGUGGCCAUCCAGAAGCACGGCGAUGACUAUAAUCAUGUCCACGGUGGGAAGUGGACGGUCAGUAACCUGCGCCUGUAUCUGGAGAGCACCAGAGGACGGGACGUCACCAAUCACCUGUUUGAUCAGAUCCACUGGAUCAUCGUCCAGUCCCUCAAAGCUGUGGCUCCCGUCAUGAAUAACGACAAGCACUGCUUCGAGUGUUACGGUUAUGACAUCAUCAUCGACGACAAACUCAAGCCGUGGCUGAUCGAGGUGAACGCGUCUCCUUCGCUCACCUCCAGCACGGCUAACGACCGCAUCCUGAAGUACAACCUGAUCAACGACACGCUGAACAUCGUCACACCAAACGGCGAGAUCCCAGACUGCCGCUGGAACCGCAGCCUGCCCAAAGAGGCUCUGGGACACUACCAAGUGCUCUACGAUGAGGAGCAGGCUCUGAGCGAGAGCGCUGAACGGGACCUCAGGAGCCGCUCGGGUCAGCUGCUGGGGUCAAAGGGCAGCAGGUCGAGCAGCGUCAGGCCCUUCCCGGCCACCUGGAAGUGACAUCACAUCUGGAGAACUGAGUGAUCAUGACGUGCCCUGCAUGAUACGGACGAGUCUGCAUGAGUGUAUGAGUAUAUCUGAAGAACACAGGACACAGACUGAUGCAGCGAAGCGUCUUCUACGUACAUGUGUGUGUGUUUAUAUAUUUAACUGACUGAUCACAGCUGGAUUUGAGCAUAUGCUCUCAGUCUGGACUGUUUCUCCAAGCUCAAGCCUCGAUGUGUUUGAUCAGUGUGCAGAAUAAACCUUCACAGCUAUCAGUACAAUACAAUACAAUACAAUGUUUUUUAGGGCUGCCCCCUAAUAGUCAGCUAACCGUUAGUA